CUUAAUAGACUGCUUCGUCAUGGUUGUGGAUAGUUCCAAAGGGACUAUAUGAUCACUUGCAAUAUCUACAGAAUAAAUAUCAGGAAGACAUGCCUCCUCUAUACAUUACUGAAAAUGGGGUUGCUGAGAACAAUAACUUCAGGCUCACAGCCAAACAGGCCUGCGUCGACCCAAUAAGGAUUCAGUAUCAUGCAGAACAUCUUGCCUAUCUUCUACUAGCAAUAAAGGAAUUGAACUUUGAUGUAAGGGGUUAUUUUGCUUGGUCAUAUUGCGAUAAUUUCGAGUGGACCUCCGGAUAUCAAUCAAGAUUUGGUAUAAUCUACAUUGACUAUGUCAAUAGCUUGACACGAUACAUGAAAAAUUCAGCUUUCUGGUUUACCAAGUUUUUAAAGCCCAGCUCGGCGACACCAACUUCAGAUAAGAGACAAGUUGAAACGGGUGUGGAGCGUGCAUCUAAGAAAAGGAGAGCUACAUCGAACGUUUGAAGAUGUGGAAUGAUGCAUUAAGUACUUUUCUUUUGGAUUCGAUGACUGAAUAAAUAUAGAAUGGAAGCGAUGUUGCGCAUCCAUACCUGUAAUGUUGUUAGUUUUGUGUGUCAUUUGUAUGGACUAUGUGUUAUUUCUCUUGCUACUUAUCUUUUUUAUCGGAAAAAUGGAAUAAGA